CAGGGGUGGACCGACCAUUUGGAAACUCGGGCACUGCCCGAGGGCCCGGGGUCAGUAGGGGGCCCCAUGAGAUGCCCCUGGUACCUUUUUCAUAGGCUUUUUUGAGUUUGGGCAAGGACACAGGGGCCCCAUGAUCCCCUAUUGCCCGGGGGCCCCAUGAGUUGUCAGUCCGCCCCUGCUCACAUGCAUCCUCAUCAGCGCUACCUCAUCAGUGCUACCAAUCAGUGCCACCUCAUCAGUGCCCAUCAGUGCUGCCUAUCAGUG